AUGAGCCCUUAGAGACCUGAUUUAAAACAUAUAGAAUUAGUCUGGGCUCUUAUGAAUAGGGAAUUUUAAAUGAAGAUUUAGUUGAAACUUGAACAUUAAUGUUUAAAAUGUAAUCAAGGUUAUUCUUUGCAUUAUAGUGGUAAGUGUUUUUAAUGCCCUACAAAUUGUUUGGAUUGUGUUUUUGGAGGAUUUUAUAAUUAGCAAAGUAUUAAUUGGAGUGAGUUAUAGGACUAAUAUAGCUCUUAAUUCUUAUCAUAACUAUCUUCUGAAGAAUAUUCUUUAAGAUGUACUCAGUGUCAAUAAGGCUUUACAGUGUAAUCUACUUACCAAGGAUGUGAUCCUUGUGGUUAAAAUUGUAAACAGUGCUAUACAGGAAUGCCUAAUUAUAAUCACUCUAAUUAAUUAAACUUUGAUCCAAAUUUCUUGUCUAUAGCGACUUUAAUUUAUAAAUGCAUAGAGUGCUUGAACACUUCAUUAAAGUUUUUUGAUGAUGUGACUUGUUAAAAAACAACAAUUUCAAAUUGCUAAAUCGAAUAUAAUGUAGUAUAGGCUGGCUUUCCAUAUAUACUGAGUUCAAAUUCUUGGAAGCUUAAUAAUAAUGUUGCUCCUUACUGCUACUAAUGCAUUUAACCUUACUUUAAUGUCUAAAAUUAAUAAUGCUUAAGAAGUAGAGACACAUGUUUUAAUUUAUCUUAUUAUUACAGUUAUUGUAUUCAAUUAAUUAAAUAGCAGUUUUAUGCACUUAAAAUAUAUAAAACUGUAUAAGUUGCUAUUCAUAUAUAGAUUAAGACACCAAUUAUAAGAUUUAUUAAUGCACUAAAUGCCAAGAUAAUUAUGUAAUAACACUCUAAGGAUGCCUUCCCUGUCCAACUGGUUGUGAUGGAAUCAUAAAUUAUAGUGACCAAUUUACAUUUAACUAGCCAUUUUAUUCUUUAAAGUUUCGUUAAAAUCUAAUUAAUGAUAAUAAAGCAUACUUAUUUUGUACAUAGUGCUAAGAUGGUUACUACUAUAAAGAUUAUAAAUGCAUUUAACUACAGUGUGAUCCAACUUGCUAAUCUUGCCAGCUCUACAAAAAUUAAAUUUUAAAGUGUCUAUAAUGCAAUUAUAUGCUUAAUUUUGACCAAAAUCACUCUGCCUGUCACAUAUGUCCCUACCCGUGCUAAGUCUGUGAGAAAGUUGGAGAAACAAAGGAUAAUCCAUUUAAUAUUUACAGUUCAUUGUGUAAAAAAUGUAAAGAUAAUUUGCCUAUUCCUUAAAUAAUUCCUAUAAGUGACAGAAGCAACUAUAAAUGGGUAUAUGAUAGCAAAAGACAAAAAUGCUUGUUAUGUUUGA